AUGGCCCGGUCGCGACCGCCACCACCACCACCACCACCACCACCACCACCACCCCCACCACCUCCUCCUCCGCCAGGACCGCCUGCAUUGUUGUCCAGCUUGCAUCUCGAAGCGGCUGAGACCCCGCCACCAGUGCUGCCCGGCCUCGUGCUCGGCCACGCGCUCGAGCAGCUCCGUCGUCUUGGUGCGCACGUCGCGGUCCUUGUGGAAGAGGCCGAGGGCGACGUAAAAGAGGCCGCCGUGCGCCUCGGGCGCCACCGACAGCAGCAGGCAGAUCUCGUCGUACGAGUGCACGGUGCGCGCAAACGUCAAGAAGAUGUCGCGGCUCAGCGUCGGCGUCAGGCGCUGCGUGCGCAGGCGGUCGUGCAUGUGGUGCAGGUCGUAGCCCUUGAGCGGCCGCACCGUGUAGAGCUGCGCGACGUCCUUGAUAAACGACAGGUAGCUGCGCGAGACGCGCCAGCCCUCGACGCGCGACGCGUUGCCGGCCAGCUCGCGCUGCUUGGCGUUCUCGUCGGCCCAGACGUAGCCGUGGCCGUUGGCGGCCGAGAGGGCCGUGGGCGGCGACGUGGCCGUCGGGGUGCCGGUCGUGGUCGUGGAGGGCGAGAGGGCGAGCGUCUCAAAGUCGUGGAGGUUGCUGUUGCUGUCGUUGGGGUCGUGGCCGUUGUUGUGGCCGUUGUUGUGGCCGUUGUUGUGGCCGCCGUUGCUGCUGCUGCUGCCGCCCCCGCCACCCAUGUGCAGCACGCUCGCGCCGUAGACGCUCUCUUCAAAGGCCGCGGCGAUGCGCGUAAACUUGACGACCCAGUCACGCCACUUGGCGCGGAUGACGCGCUCGCCCAGCCGCGCGGCCACGCUCUUGAGAAUGUCGGCCAUGAAGGCGUUGUCGCCGGUCAGGUCGCUGUUGGCCGAGCUGACGUUGGCCGUGGUGGCCGUGUCCACGAGAUUGGCGCACGACGGGUGCUGCUGCUUGAAAAACACCAGGCCCUCGGUGACGGGCGCCUCCUCAAUGCGGCUGCUAAUCUUGAUGCGGCCCGACGGCAGGUCGCACAGCAGAUCCCACCAUUCGGGGUGCAGCUCAAAGGUCGGGUUGGUGACGCCCGCAAUGAAGCCCGGCACGAGCAGCAAGUCGUCGAUCUUGGUCAGGUCCGUGUAGGGGAAGGCGUGCCGCGUAAAGCCGCGCAGCACACCGCCCGAUGCCAGCGCGCACGCCGCCAGCACCGCCUCCGCCACGUCGCCCGAGGGCAUGUUGUGGCCCAAGAAGAUGAUGCGCUUCUGCGUCAGCAGCGCAUUGACCAGCACAAUGAUGGGGUGCGUGUGCGGGCCGUUGGUCGUCAGGUGCGCGUGCAGGGGAAAGGCCUGUGGUGCCUUGGCGUGGGUCUCGGAGAAGUUCUGGAUCAGCUUGAUGAGCGAGAAGUCGCCGACGGUCUCCGGCAUGACGGCCACGGGCACUUUGAUGGGAAUGGGGAUGCCCUUGUAAAACACCUUGCUCUCAAACUCGUGGGUGUCGCGCGGCACCGAGUACGCGGCGGCCUGGCCCUCAAAGUGCGCCUUGGUGCCGGCGCGCAGGAUGCCAGCCGGUUUGGGCGGACUGCGGCUGGCGUCAAAGGGCUGGUCGCUGACGCCGUCGCCGUUCUCCUCGGCGAUGCGCAUCUGAAUCAUCUUUUCAAACUUUUCGACAAACAGGUCCUUGUUGUCGCUCGCCUGCAGGAGGUGGCGCUCCAGCAGGCUCAGGCGGGGCAUCAGCGACAAGUCCAUGGCAUUGACCGCGUCGUACAGCAUGGACAGCGUCUCGACGACGGGCGACUUGAAGUACUCUUCGAGCGCCAGCAGAAGCAGCGGCUUGUAUAUGUGCAGGAAGGGGUGCCGCGUGCAGAUGGCCAUGGAUUUGACGACAGCGCCGCGUCGCUGUGUCUUGUCUUGCUUGGUGUUGACCAGGUUGAGCACGUAGAUCAGCGGCGCGCCCUCGCCGCCUUCGGGCUCACUGUCCGUCGACAUGUCGUCGUCCCAGUCCUCGUCGUCUUCGUCGUCCGAAUCGUCCUCGACGUGGCCGCCAGUCUCCUUGUCUUCGUCUCCGACCGGGAUCCCCGCCCUGCGUGCACGCCGUCGCUGCCGCCGCUUCCGGCGCUCCUCCUUGGCGAGCUGUUCUUGUUCCUCCUCUUCCUGGGUAAUGUCCUUGUGCAGGAAGAACAUGGUCCAGUCCUGGUUGCGCAGAUGCGUCUGGUCGGGCAGCAUCAGCUCGGCCAGCAUGUGCUCGUCGCCCCGCCGGCGCCGGCGCCAGCGCCCGUGGGACCGGAGAGGGAGGAGUGUUGCGAGGAGGAAACACCGGUGCCGGACGAGGGCGCCUUGGUGGACUUGUUGCUCUGGUUGGAUGUGCGGUCGGUGGAAGCCAUGGCAGCAAACUGGGCGCUGCCAGGCGGCAGCGCUGGCGAAGGCGGCAAUGCUGGUGAAUGUGACAGGAGGGGAGGUUGUGGAGACAACGACGGACGUCGGCCGGCGCCGGCGAGCAAUGGCGAGGCGUCGGCUCGCGUGGGGACAGAAGCGAGCGAGGUGCGGCGUGGGAUUUUGGUUUGGGCGACAGGACUGCCGCUGGCGGUGGAGAUGGAGCUCGUGCUGCCCCCGACGCUGUCGUUGGUGCCGCGUCGUUUCGAGGCGGACGAAGAGUACGGUGCGGUGGUCUGGGCCGUCGCCAUGACUGUUGAGUCGCCUACAGGCCUAUUUCACAGACGCCCAGGGCAGUCACACAGGGCGGAUAAGAUCGUAGUAGAGUAG